AUGUCAUUGCAUGACUCCAUUCACGACGAACAAGGCUUUCAGCUCGAUCCGCAAGGCAAUGAUUUGAUCACAAACAGCGACGACACUCUUGUUGAUCAAGAUGGUACCAAUGCCCCCCUACUGCCUACCAUGAUUACAUUCCCAUCAGCCGCCAACCGUGAUCCCCCACUUGUUUGGCAACAAGGGUCCGGACCCCGAUUGAACCAUCAGCCUAGACGACAAACCCCUAGAGACUGUACACACUCAACCGUCGUGCGCUUCCAUGAUGACAACUUUGUCUGCCCAAACUGCCUUUGUGAGCCGAUCGAGGGUUAUGUCUAUCACUGUGUCGAGGAUCUUGAGAUCAGGUUGAACAACGCAAUUCUUGAGAACAACUUUGUCGCUUGGGAUGAAUUUGGAAAAGGACUCGCCAAGCUUGUCAAGCCACCCACGCGAGGCCCGGACCGAAGAGCAACUGCAGACAGAGAAACCAUCCUCGCAGAGAUGACGGCAGAGCAGAGGGCCAGUUAUACUGAGGAACAAAUUGAGAAGCUCGUUGCCCAGCGCAAGCAGGCCCUUGUGGCAGCCAGGGCUUCGGCAGCACAGGGUGGAAAUUCUUCAGAUAGGCCUUGGGUAUUAUCACCAAGGCAAGAGUGCGAUAUGGAGUUCUGUCACGCCUGUCGUCCCUAUUUUGCUGAAAGGAGCUACCUGAGUCUGAAUGGUAUUGUCAAUGGAGACGUGCCGGCUACUGCAGCACUGGGGUUUGGCUUUCAUGCGUAUUCCUCUCGCCCUUUAUAUAACCCAAAGGUCGCCAGGAAUCUUGGUCUUCGACGCCCUCCUGAACCCUUUCCAGCCAGCCAUACCCAGUUCAGUCUUAUGGACCUAAUCGAGUCACAUGUGAACCAGCUCAAUACAUACCCACCACCUCAUCAGACCUUUGACUUUCAACACAGCCAUGCAAUGGGAUUCCCUCUCACCCCCUUUGCCAGUGGAAGUUAUGAGCCUAAGGCUGGUAGCGGUUUCUUUGGUUGCGAGGUAACCAGGCCGCCAUGGACCCCUCCGCCAACUCCGCAUUCAGUCGAAUCCAACGACCAAUAUAAAUCUAUUGGCAGCAGUAACAUCAUUUCCCACGGCGGCCGAAGUCCUUUUUCCAUCAAGGGCAACUCAUUUGUGCGACAGCAACUUUUCCAGACCGUACCAGGUGGCAUCGCCCACAGCUCCGCCGAUGACCUGAACGAAAAGAUACCACGGAGCUUGCCGGCUUGUAUUUUCAAACAAGGUCAGCUCAAGUAUAUGACGGAGGAAGCCUGUGACGUAGGUCUCGGGCUGCCUUUCAACAGAGAGGAAUACGACUCUGCCUGCUCAACAAUGCUGCCCCCGCCGGAUUCCGAGGAAGUAUUUGGACUCAGCGACGGUGAUGUCAGGCCUGUUAGCACCAUGACUGUAAAAGAUCAUGGCAUUGCUCGCGACUUGCGCCCAAAGACGAGGAUGGAGUGCAUAGAGGAGGAAGAGGGACAAUUUGGCGAGAGCCCUCUCCAAGUAAUGGAUGGAAUCGCACUCACAGAGGAGGCGGUACAGGCUGGAACCCCGGACAUUGUUAUUUGA